AUGCCAAUUCAUGGCUCGAAGAAUAGCGAAGAUAACGCUAGAGAUAUAACAGAAGAUAUCAGACGAGUGGUACAAAAAAGACUAGAUCUAGCGAAUAAACAUUACGAAGAAAUAAAAAAGGAAUUAUAUAACGAUGAACUUAGUAAAUUAAAGGGAGAAGAAGGAUUGUCGGAAAAGGAAAAUCAAUUAUUAUUAAAGACACUGUUACAACAUGAAAAGGAUAUGGAGAGAUUAAAAAUAGAAUUAAAAGGGAUAAAAAAAGUAGAUAAAGAAGAAAAAGAUGAAGAUGAAGAAGAAGAAGUAAAGAAUAUAUUGAAAGGUGAGGAUGAAAGUAAACAAGAAGGAAUAAAAGAGGAAAAAAAGGAAGAAGAAGCAAUGGAAACAGAAGAAAAGGAAAAGAAUAAGAAAUCUGAUGAAAGUGUAGAGCCAUUGACGAAACAAAUACUAACAGGAUUGAAAAUACUGGAAGAUAUGCUGAAUGAAGAUGAAAAUAAAGUAUUGGAAGAAAAAGGAGUAGAAACAAGUAUGUUGAUGGAAGAAGAAUCGACAUCAGAAAGAGAACAAUUCAUGUUAGAACAAGAUAAACUGCUAAUAGAACAGGAGAGGAAGACAAGAGAAGAGAUAGAAAAAUUAAUGGAAGAAGACGACGAUUACCUAUACACAAGUAAUAAUCAAGCAUCACUGGUGGAGAGAAUGAACAUGUUAUACGGAUACCCAAGAGAAGGAACGUCAAAAAAAGAAAAAAAAGAAAAAAAAGAAGAAGGAAGUAAAGGAGAGAUUUGGAAGGGAUUUAAGGAAAGGUGGAAAAGAGAAGAAGCGGCAAAUAAUUUAAGAGGAGAUGAGAAAAGUAGCAUUAUGUUGGAACAGAAGGAAAAAAAACAAGAUAAAAAAGAAAAAAAAAAGAAAGAUGAUGGUAACAGAAAAGAAGUUUGUAAGAAGGAACAAGAUGAAACGAGAGAUUUAAAUUAUAAGAAGGAAUACAAAAAUAGAAGAGAAGAAAGUGAAGCCAGAAAAGAAAUGUCAACACCAGAAUUGGAAAUAAGUGACCUGUCGAGCGACGAGUCGACAAAAAACCAUUUCUCAUACAUACCAGAAGAAGGAAGGUCGAAUUACAACAGCGAUUUGGACAACGACGGAAAUCUGGUCAUAGACGAAAGCGAAGAAACGGAACACUCGAGUGAAGAAAAUUAUUGGACAUCAGAGUAUGAUAUAAGAACAGCGAAGAAGGCAAGAGUGGAUGACGGAAAAAAAGAAAAAGAAAAAGGAAAAAAGGAUGGAAACAAAAAAGUGACUAAAGUGGAAGAAAAAAAAGACGAUAACGAAAUGGGAAAAAAUGCUGGUCUUUUUAUAGAAAAAGAUAAAGUCAAGGUGGAAGGAAAAGAAACCUGCAAGGCAGAGGCGGCACUGAAGGUAGAUAUAAUGCAGAUGCAGGAAACAAUGAAGGCGCUGGUGGAACUGGGAAAGGAAAGGUUGAAGCUGAUAACAGAAAAAAAUAACGUAGAGCUGCACAUAGAGUGGAUAAAGGUGGGACUGAACAGAGGAGCCUUUGGAGAGUCACUGCAAAAUUACUUUGUGAGAACAAUAAAGGAGAUGGAAGAAGGAAUGAAGAUGAUGGAGGAAAGAAUAAAGGAGAUAGAAGUGGACGAAGGGAGGUUGAGGAGAGAGAUGAAGAUAAUGUACCCCUACGGAGACUACAUGAUAGUCGACGGAGACCAGCAGACAGUAGCGCAGGUGGUGGAAGUGGAGGAAGUGAUAGUAAUAGAGUAG